AGAGCGCUAGCUUCAUGUAGCUUUGCCGCGCGCGCACCGCUGUAGAGAGAGAAAGAAUCGAAAGUGCUGGAGUGUUUUCAUCCAGCGGGAUCUGGGAAUGCUUAUUUUCACUUUUGAAAUGACUUGACGCUCUAAAAGGGAUUGGUGGACGGUGAACUUGCAGUUGGGGGGCAGUUUGACAGUUCACGGUCAGAGCGAGUCUAGGCGGGAGAGUGUGUGUGUGUGUGUGUGUGCGUGUGCAAGUGAGAGAGUGUGUGUUUUCCGUGCUAAAAACCCAUCUGUAUUUACAUGACAUUGCUGUGAGAAGAGAAUGCUGUUAACCGAGGACACUACCACUAUGCCCGUGGAGAGAAUGCGUAUGAGACCAUGGCUGGAGGAACAAAUAAACUCGUGUAAAAUACCAGGACUUAAAUGGGUUAAUAGGGAAAAGAAGAUUUUUCAGAUUCCAUGGAUGCAUGCUGCACGGCAUGGCUGGGAUGUAGAGAAAGAUGCACCUCUGUUUAGAAACUGGGCCAUACACACAGGCAAAUACCAACCAGGCGUGGACAAACCCGACCCCAAAACAUGGAAGGCAAACUUCCGCUGUGCCAUGAACUCCCUGCCUGACAUUGAGGAGGUGAAAGAUAAAAGCAUCAAAAAAGGAACAAAUGCCUUUAGGGUUUACAAGAUGCUGUCAGCAUCAGAAAGACAGUCAAAGAGAGGAAAGAAGAGACCUGAUGUAGACAUAAAGUUAAAGGAGGAGCAGCAAUGCCUUGUGUCCUCUGCCUGGGAGAGUACCAAUGGCUCCACAAGAAGUGCAGCAGCACAAGCAGUCAAGCAGGAAGCAGAUCACACUGUCACAGAAACAGAAGCCGGGAGCCGCAGCCCCUCAGAAGACCAUCUGAUUAUCCCGGAAGUAUGUCAGACCAUCGAGGUGGUUACAGAGAAUGAGGAGCAGGCUGUGAGCUCCAGCCACUCCUAUCCGCUCCAGAUCUCUCCAAUGUCCUCAUACGGAGAGAGUGAAACAGACAGUGUGCAGAGUGAAGAAGACUCCAAAGAGCACAUGCGAAACCUGUGGGGCACUAAUCCUGUGGAAGCAAAGCCAGUUCUGGACAGCUCUGCAAUACGGACGUCUUUACCCAGUAUGUCCACUUUUAUCACUCAGUCAAAGCCCAACUUCAGGAUUACAACUGUCCAGGACACUUCGUCCCCUCCCUUUAAUAGUCCCUUUAACAGUGAAAGAUCAUGGAACCUUUUGCCCACUUCUCACCCUCCAUCUCAACCUCCUGCAGCAUCCGGCACACCCCCUAUCCAUGAAAAACGGGCCAGCGUCAUCAUGAAAACCUCAGACGUAUCAAAAUCUGUAAAGAGUUAUUGAGGAAAAUCACUAGUUCUUUACAGAAGGCUGUACAGAACUUAAACAUGGAGCAAAGAACCUAAGCAACAUUCUGUUGCCUCCUAUUAAUGAUCUCACAGCUAGCAAAACUGAUGAAGAUUAUAACGAUAAUUGUGUCUGGCUCGCUAAAUAGCUCUUAUUUGCCACGAGUGAGACAAGGCAUGAUAAAAUGCAGGAUUCAGUGCAGGGCCAGGCCUUAAAUUCAGGGAGCAGUGUAGUGCAGUGCCAGACGUCAACACUGCCAUUGUGCCAUUGCUUCCGGCCCAUUAUGGAAGUGUAAAUAUAGGAGAGUCAUAAUGUCUAAUCUGUGGCAUUAGCUUUAGCACCUUACAGGAAAGCACUGAAUGAGAUUAUCUGUGGCCUUCUUUUUUUGUCUUUAUAGCACCAUGACUGUGGACACACAUCUCUGAAAGGAUUUGUUUGUUUGUGUUAUAUGUCCACCAAAGAAAGCACUUUUAAAGACAGCAUUUUUGUAUCUCAAAAUCUCACAUAAUCCCAUAUAUUGUUGUGUCUUAAGGGAUUUUUAUAAAAGGAUUUUUAUUCUUCGCCCAGUAUGUUAAAUUGAUUCUUGGAUGUUGUUGUGAUAGAGAAAAAUGGCACUUAUGUUUUUUAAAGGAAUUUAUUAUUUUUUUUGCUUUCUACUGUAUGUGUGAACUUAAAUGUACAUAGAAAACAUGCAGUGCUGUGGUAAAGCAUUUGCCCCUGAAGUGGUUUUCUGCAUUGUUGCAUACUUUAGUGGCUACGGUAAUUAAUUUUCUUAACCAAUACAACAAUUAUGAGGAAUAGAGCAUUAAGCAUUAUAAAAAUAUCGGGAAGAUAAAUGUUUAUAUUGCUGUAAAAAUUCCUCAGCUCAGCCUCCAAGCAUUUAUGCAAUCCCUUUUCACAAAUCCAACCUUGGUUAUUAAAAUCUUUGCACAACCCGAUUUUACUAAGGACUAUAUAUAUAUACUCUUGAGCACUGAUCAGUACUCAAUGUCACCUCCAGACAUUGGAGAUGCACAUGGAGUUGCUCAGCACAGCUGGCUUUCUGCAACCUCAUAAGACUUCUUGGGAGACAUCAGGGAUAGGGAAUAUGUAAAGUCACACCCACUGCACAGUGCGUUUCAUUACCGGUGCAGUCAGGCUGUAACACAUGCUGAAAAAAACACGCAUACCAGGAAGCUAGGUUCAGGUGUUUUUAUUACCUUUCUGGAUUGUUCCUUAAACCCCUUCCUUAUACAGACCCGUGCCAAAAAACAGGCUCAUCUACUACAACCAGAAAUACCAAAUGUAAAUGCUCUGCAACAUACAAUGUCCUCUGUAGAAGAAGUCACUGGUUUAGGUCUGGGCUGAACAUAUAUAUUUUUUUGUGGACCACUUGAUAAAUUAUCAAUAUAUGAACACUUGAAGGUGUUCAAGUAAUUUUGUGGAUGUUUUUGCGGCACACUGUCUCUGACAGAGAGAGCUAGUUGAGCCACACUGUUUGAUUAUUUACACUUUUAAGUAAACAUAAGCAUCCUGUAUGCCUCAUAGUCUCAUAUAAUUCCCAUACAAUCCAAACAUUUAAUUAUGCAGCACAUCGAAAAGAAAAGUUUCAAGGUGUCAAAUAAAAUAAAAUAUAAACCAGAUUCACUGUGAAAAUGCAGAAAAUUAAACAGGGUGCAAAAACCUUUUUCACAAUACUGCCCUUGUCUGUGACUGUAUAUAAAAGUGUGUUCAUUUAACCAAAUGUGUCUCUAUACACAUUUAUGGGCUUCUCAAUCCUGUGGAUCAUUGAAUACCUAAUUAUACGAUAAAAUAAUGUUAUGUAAAGUAAGAAUUUCUUGAUAAUAAAUAUUUAAAAAACA